AGAAGUCAGGUUUUCGGAGCUGCGCGGACCAAGAGCGGCGACGCAACUUCACUGUGGGACGUUAUUUCAUUUCUCACUUUACACUCGUUUUCAAGUCGAAGCCAGGCGCCGAACGAUGCGGCGGCAGGAAGAGGACACAUUCCUGUCUUCCUGAGUGUUUGUUUUUCCCUGCUCUCUGCUCCAGAGCGCAGUUUCCGGAUACCAGCCCGCUGUUCUUCUGGAAGGUUUUCUCCGCAUCAGUUUGGAUUGUUUUUCGCACUUUUUCGCGCUAUAACUUCAACAAAUUACUCUUCAGACACCUGCAGACCCCAGUUUCACCAUGGAAAGACGAAGAUAACAGGUUGAGGUCUCCACUCACACUGAGAAGUUGAGCUUUGUGCUCAAGUUCACCGGGGCCACUUCCUGAUGAUGACAGUAAACAUGGAUGACGGUCUUCAAAAUGGACCUGGACAACACAGGAACUCACAAGAUGAUGAGGAGGCGCUCAACUCCAUCAUGAAGGACCUGGCAGCUCUGGGCCGCUGUUACUCACAGCAGAAUAGCCACAAGCCCAAGAACAGAACAUUACUGUACAAACAGGAUUUAAGAGUCAAGCUGGAGCAUGAGAGAGAGAAACGGAUCAUCCCGUUCCAGAGGCCGCUGAAGAUCAAAGAACUGAUGCACAAAGUGAGCGAGGCCUACGGUCAGCAGAUGGACAUGUUCUUCAUGGAAAAAGAGCUGAUGCUGCCCCUGAAGACUCAGGAGGACCUGGACCAGGUUGUGUUGAAUAUGGGCUUUGGCUGCGGGGCCAACGGUCUACUCAGGAUAACUUUGAAGACCCCCAAAAAUAACCAUUACCUACAGGUGAACAGCAGGGACAAGCAGAGUGAGAUGCGAUCUUCACGUUCACUGGGAGAUCUAAAGGGCUCCCUGCUCAAGGGCUCAGAAAGAGUUCGGAAGCACUCAACAGGUUCCCUUCACACAGGUCGGACGUCGCCACCUCCAGGGAGUGUUCCAGAGGAGCAGCAGCAGAUUGCACGUCAGGGAUCGUACACCAGCAUCCACAGCGAGGGGGAGUUCAUCCCGGAGACUCUGGACCAGAAUAUGCUGGGACCUUUCGGGAGUGCAGACAACUCGUUGUCAAGUAGCUGUCAGUCAAUCGAUCAGGCGCUGGACAGUCCCCCGUUUUCACAGAAUAAUCGUGACAACAAUUACCUGAACCUCAGCUACGAAUACAAAGGACGACAUGGUGGGACUUUCCCUCGACAGUUUCAGUUGCCGAAUCGCAGCAAGGAUUAUGGAGAUCGUCGUAGGACACUUCCGCGCAGCUUUAUGCCACAGGAAAACCUGUUCCAGCUGGUUCCGUCCAGUCGCACCCGCAGCUAUAAUGGCGACAGUACGCUGCAGUACUCUGACCUGCGAUCACUGGGGCGCAGCCCAGACAAAGGCUGCCAACGAGGCACAGCGAAAUCUCCACGGGCUCCUGUCAACUGGCGGCAGGGGAAACUCCUCGGGCGUGGCGCCUUCGGCGAGGUUUACCUCUGCUAUGAUGCUGACACUGGGCGUGAACUGGCCGCCAAGCAGGUGCCCUUUGACCCCGAAUGUCAAGAAACCAGCAAGGAAGUGAAUGCCCUGGAGUGCGAGAUCCAGCUGCUGAAGAAUUUACGUCACGAUAGGAUUGUCCAGUACUACGGAUGUCUACGUGACAUGGAAAAGAGAAAACUCAGCAUUUUUGUUGAGUUUAUGCCUGGGGGAUCGAUAAAGGACCAGCUGAAAGCCUACGGGGCUCUGACGGAGAAGGUUACGAGGCGAUACACCAGACAGAUCCUCCAAGGAGUUUCCUACCUGCACAGCAACAUGAUUGUGCACAGAGACAUCAAAGGCGCGAACAUCCUGCGAGACUCCUCGGGGAAUGUGAAGCUCGGGGACUUUGGAGCCAGCAAACGCAUCCAGACCAUCUGCAUGUCUGGCACCGGAAUGAAGUCGGUCACUGGCACCCCCUACUGGAUGAGUCCGGAGGUGAUCAACGGGGAGGGAUAUGGCCGGAAAGCUGAUGUGUGGAGUGUUGCUUGCACCGUGGUGGAGAUGCUGACCCAGAAACCGCCUUGGGCGGAAUACGAGGCCAUGGCGGCCAUCUUUAAGAUCGCCACCCAGCCGACGAAGCCCCUGCUUCCGGACGGCGUGUCCGAUGCCUGCAGGGACUUCCUGCGUCAAGUGUUCGUGGAGGAAAAAUGGCGUCCCACUGCUGACAUUCUUCUUAGCCACCCUUUUGUCGAGGGCAGCUUCUGAGGAUCCUAGAAUCUCUCACCCAGAGCAUGUGCUGGAGAGGGCGGCCAUGGCCCCCGGCUUGACCCCCUAAAUGCUGGCUCACACGUCACCCGGUGCCAGAGAUCCCACUCCGUGCCCUGUCAUCUAUCAGCGUCUGGCCGAGAGCUAACCCCUGCGUGUCUCAUUGGCUGAUUCACCCAAAGCCAGAUCGGGUCCCAGCGCCCCCCGAGGUGUGAUGUGAGGGGACCGUGCGGGGCCGAAUCAAGCACUUAGCAGUCUCACAAAUUCAAGACUGCCAACAGGCGACUAAUGUAGAGUCCGAGUCUCCCCGAGUCCUGCCCUGCCCACUUGUUGCCUGUAGUCACAGUAGUACUGUAUAAACUCAUCAGCCUCAGAGACUGUUGCUGUGAGCCAAAUCAAUAUUUUUAUAAGGUCAGACACAGCCGUUUGUGUUGGAUCAUAUUUCCAUUGACGCCUUACAGGAAGACCCCUUUACACCUGGGAUUGAAGCAUGUUCUCUUGUUUGCUCAGGACAGUUUUUUGUGCAAACCAGCGUGAUCUCCAUCCCUACAGUUGGGUGUUGCAUCCAAGGUCUCCUUCACGUACAUACUCCACAAAACCAGUCCUGGCAAUGUGAAGCCAUUUAAAGUGAAAGUGAUUUUAGACAAUACAGCUCAUCGCAGUCCAGGUCUGAGUCCAUUCAGCUUAAUCUGUUGCCCCUGUCAGUCUGCCACCUUCAUUAGACGAAUCCCCGUCAGGGCUGCAGGACAAUGAAAAAUGAGUCAGAGAAGUAAUCGGUUUUCUCUGACUCACCAUUACGAUGAUGUGAAAAGAGCUGGGCUGAAAGCAAAGCUCUACAUUUCAGCAUGUCGUUGGUAAAGAUUCUCACCAACUCAACUGCUGUAGAUGAAUGUGGCCUGGAGGCAAGGUGGGAUCCUUCAGGGAGGAAAAGGAUCGAAUCAGAACGUCUGUGUGAGCAAACAAAUAUCUGAAAUUCAAAUGGAUCAUGGCGAUGCAACAAGUCUUGUUGUUUGGAAAGUCCAUUCAUAGUGUUAUAGCCAGGGCCGAGUCAAGUCCAUGACUCUGAGGGGGGUUAGACGGAGUCAAAACCCAGAGCAGACUGAAUACUGAAUCAACUCCCUUCCAAUAUUAGCUCAUUUCCAACCAACCCUCAACGUUUUAUUAAUGGAAUGGAUGGACAGAGAGCCCCAACAUAUCACCUGCUGGAUUGGCGGAGGUGAUGUUGGAUUACAUUAAUCCCCCCUACAUGAGGGCUGGCUUGACACUGGCUGUGUCUUCCCCAUCAUCCAACAAGGUUCAUUGGGUUCCCAGUUAGAAUUCAGAUGCCUGGUUUUCAAGAAGUAAAUGACUUAUUUGGUCAAAAAAAUCAGAGAAGCAGUGGUCUUGACUGGUCUGAGCAAAAAAAAAAAAAGUCCAGCAUGACUGAGACGUGUCUGAGUCUAAAUGCACUUGAUUCUCAGACAAGACCAAGACCUUGAACAUGUGGUCUUGAAUACUACGAUCCUAUCUGACCAAACACUACAAACAGAUGUUAAUGCCACGUGCAAAGGGGUCUCUCCGUUUGUAAGAAAGAAUGUCUAUAACGUUCCAGUGUGGUUUGAAAUCCUGCCACAGACUCUCACCAACAAACAUGCACUUUUGAUGCCACUUACACAACCAACCGUGCAGGAUAAUCAACCAAAGAGAUAUUUUUCUAUUGUGCUGCUUUUUUUUUUUUUUUUUUUUUUUUUUUAACUCCAUGAAGUAUGCUUUGGUCAUGUCUAGAGAAAGCACUCUACGUCCAUGUGCGACGGAAACGUCUCCCAAGCAAUAGCAACAUUCCUGUUGGACGCCUGUGACAGAUCCAUUCCCGGUUCCGACACUGCGAGCCUUGUUCCAAGUGGCCAAAGACGAUUUUAGGAAGUGACUUCCAACAAAUUGACAGUGUUAGUCGUAUUGUAUUUUUGUCAGAGCCCGACAGCCUUUAUAUGUUAACGGCAGCUUGGUGCGCAGAAUCUGCACCCAUCAAUCAGAUGCAAUGAUAUUUUUGUUAUCAGAAAAAAGUAUGGUUAGAUAGAAGGAAUGUCUUUUGAAUGUUUAUUCUGUGUGCUUUGGAUCACAUCAUUGCCUUUUGCUUUGAAGCGAAUGACUCAUGUCUCCUGAUCACGCACCUGACUCUGAGCAAUGUUGCCCCACAGCAUCAGAUAUUAGUGGUGACAUUUUGGGGAUCUGGACUUGCUUACUUUCACGAUGUGCACAUUACAAGGCUUGAAGUUACUUCAUCCUGAUUUCCUUUGCACAAAUUCUCUUUAGGUGAUCUUUUGUGAGUCCACCUUCUUUGCCGUUAUUUAUUACCUGUUAGUUCUGACCAUCUUGAAAGGUCAUUUUUGGGCACUUGGCAUUUUAGACGACUUUUAUUACAAUCCAUCUUGGCUGCGUAAAAACAAAACUUCAGUUUUUAUGUGGCUCUUUUGGCCCCUAAACAAGGGUUCAGAAUGAAGUAAAGACUUGUAAUGUGAACUCAGCCUUUCCGCACUAUGAUCAAAUGUUUGUUGUCAGUGCCUUAUAACGGAAUCUGCUCGUAAACUAAUGACAACUGCCAAAGUGGAGGAGGCGAGGAGAGAGCACACACACGGUCGCUAGAGGUUUUUUUUUUUUACUGAGCUAAAUCUACUGUAAAUACAUUCUGCACUUUUCUAUGAAGUCCUUUUACGUUAUAUACAUUGUUUAUCUGAUGACGUAGCUUCGUGAUGCAGUAGAUCGUACUGUGAUUUGGAUCGGACGGGAUCUACGCUUGAGUUUGAAGGUGGAAAGAAAAGGCUUUUGAUCGGGACACUUUCAAUCUGAAAUGAUGGAAUGUAUCAAGUCAUUGAUCUUUUGUACUUUAACUUAAUAAAUCAAAGGUCUAA